CGAGUGGAGAGAGUUGAUGGUGGAUCGAUGGUCACGCACAGCACGGAGGAAGGUCGACGAGCUUUUGCUGCACUUUUGAUUGAAAAAUUGAAUGUUCUAAGUGCACGCCGCAAGAGAAAUGACGUGAUGAGCCAACAGUUGCGUGCAAUUGAAGUAAGUUUGAAGAUUUUUUUGUGA